AUGAAAAAAUUCAACAUUCCACUUCUUGAUCUUCCUCCACUAGUCAUUCAAAAAUCUCUUCAGAAAUUGAGUGUACUCGAUUUAUUCGAGUUUUCCGCCAUCUCUCCACUUCCUCACCGAUUGGUUAAAUCCACUCCAAACCUCGUUUUAUCCGGGUCAACUAUUGAUGUACAACUCUCUGAAACGACUGAGGUGUCUGUUAUGUCAAAGAAAGGAAGAACACUGGGAUGUUGGACUUUCAAUGAAGAUGUAGUCCCGAAAAAGGUUAAAAAAGAUAGCAAAUAUAACAAGACAGUUGAUGGAAUCGAGAUGAAAAUUGUGAGAAAACCAUUCGAGAAAGCAACUGUAUACACUCCAUCAGAUCUGAAAUAUGUCCCUGCAGUCAUGAAUCACUUGUUUGAUCUAUUUAAUACUUCUUUUGGAGAAAUCGUAAUUGACAUCCAAGAAAAAGAGAUUUCUGAAGUCCAGUGUUUAAUCGAUGUGAUCAAGCAAUGUGAACGUCUGACACUUGUUUCACAUAGAAAACAACACAGCAAUGAAGGCAUUCUUUCGGUUUUGAACUCAAUCGAGGUAACGAAGGAUCUCUCGUUUUACGUCAAUCCGAAACCAAAGUUCAAGCUUCCUGAGUACUUGUUAAGAAUCAAUGCGCUCAAGUUUAAAUACAGUAAUUGGAUCACUCGAAAAAUGCUUCUUUCCAUGGAUUGUGAAACGAUCAGAAUGGAAAAUUGUACUCUCAAACCAGAAGAUAUGAAAGCAUUCGUCAAUCAAUGGCUCAAUUCGGAUAACACGAAAUUACAAUGGCUCGUGAUGAUCAUACCUGAUGGAUACGAUCCAUUUGAUACCAAGUCAUUUAUCAUUUACAGAUUAUUCCAUGACAAUACUUCGGAUGGAAUGGAUUUUGUGCGUAAAGAUGGUGUCUUGGCAACAAUUAUUCAGAGAGACUGCGUGUUCAAAUUCUUGGUUUGGCACGAGAGAUUCCCGAAGGAUGACGAUGACGACGUCUAA